AUGCCUACGCCACUUCCAUCGAGUUUUGCUUCGGCCGCCGCUGGCAACAUCCAGGACCCCAGUCGGAGAGGGGAUGGAGGAGCUGGUGGAGAAUGGUAUGCAAUCGUGCCCUGCUUCCCUCCCCGUGUCCCGGCAUCUCCUGCUCGAUCUGGCCCCUCCAGUUCUCUGCAUCGCGAGACCGGCCGUCAAUUAUGCGAAAGCGAGAUAUCCGAUGCUAACCUUGAAUGUCCAUCCAGGUCUCGAUCCCGUAUGAACGGAGCCACCCAGACCUUCCGCCGCCCGUCCGUCGCUACCAACCCUUCUCACAUCCGAGAGAGUGGCCAAACUGCAUCUGUUCCGACAUCUACGACCUCCGGGACAUACAUCCCACCCCACUUGAGCUCAAAUACCUCUAACGCCAUGCGAAACGGAGAGGCCCGAUACUCCAAGGAGCAGCUUCUAGAGCUGUACAAAGCACAGCGGGAGAAUGGAUCCUUGGGCAAGAACGUGGAGGAUUAUUUCGUGGCCGACUGGGACCCUCACAUGGUGUCAGCUCCAGUGAACGGAGCGUGGGGAAAGCGGGAUGACCACAAGUCUUCCGCGGGGCCUGAGGUGUGCUGGGAUCACGGUGGACAGGCCGAACCGUUGGGUCUCUCUGAUAUGUCGGAAGGCGAGAAAGAGAUGUUCUCUGCUUCCGUCAACUCACCCCUCAAGCCGCCACCCACGAACGCCCAGAAAGAAAACGCGGGACCCGGAACUGGUGGACGCAAGUCCUCCGUCUCCUACACUCAGGGUCACAUUAAUAACUACAAUACUUCGUCCCCAACCGCCAACCGCCCAGGCGCAAGACGUCGCGAGACUGGUGAUUCCAUCGGUAAUCCAAUGUCUCCUACCGGAUCCAACCCGCGUUUUUUCCGCGACGAGGCGAAUACGUCCACUCCUCCCCCGGCCCUCCUGCGUCGAAAGACCGAUUUCCGAGAUCAGAAGAUGGAUGAAAAGGCCAAGGAGGCACCCGAAACGGCCUCUCCGUUCAAUUCUCUGAAACGAAGCUCUACGAACCCUCUGAAUACCGCUGUUGGUGGAGGCGGGGGUCCUGGUUCCCCAUGGGGCUCUGCUUCGCACAAUGCCAACUUCUCUCCCAUGGGCGCAUUCGGUGCCUUUUCGCUUGGAUCGAACACCGCCCAGGCACCUACAGAGAAGAAGCCCGGGUACGGAAGCCUGCGUGGAGAAAGUCGCUUUAAGGGUCUGCUCUCCAAGGAUAGUUCGGAGGAUAUCGCAGGUUCCGCCAAGGAAAAGAACUUGUCUAGCCUGGAACGUCUGACCGAAGACGAUGGUGGCCAGCGCUCGCAGUCGCCGUGGGGAGAGGCGGUCAAGACCCGUGCCAGCCGCAGCGAAACCAAUCCCUUCGAUGAGCCUCGCAGUGGUAGCGCCGCCCUGGGCGGAUCUCAGGAUGUUGAGGCCCCAUCCCAGGCGGACCUUGGCUUUGGCGCAUUCGGCAUGACCUCAAGCAUUCCGGGUUUCCGAGAAUUGAUGCAGAGUCAGGAGAAUUCUCGGAACCCUACCCCCAGCUUGCUCCAGGGACACGAACCCACGAGCCCAACCAACACGAACCCUUACCAAAGUCCUCACAACGAUCGUACCGCAGACGCAGAGGACGUGGACACUGAAGAAUCGGGCGACAUCCAGCAGUCUCAGCAACCUGGUCUGAGCGGAUUGCGAGAUUCUUCGAAUCCUUUUGGUUCAAUGAGACGCGUCGGCUCGGGCAUGGACCUUCCUUCCGUUGACCGCAGUCAAAAUUCUAGCGCCAACGCGAACCGCAACUUCUCAGGUCUUGGUGGCUUGGGCGGUCUUCCCUCCAUUGGCGGCAGCUCUGCCUGGUCUUCUGGCGGUGCUAUCGGCACACCCACUCGCGAACGCUCGGCUUUUGCUAGCGGUUUCGGCGACCCUAUCUUCGGUUCUAUGGGUGAUCUUCAGUCUCCAAGCCUGUCUACACUUGGAGGUGGAGGUCUCUUUAGCCCUCACGCGGGUAUCUCUGGCACCACCAGCAUCGGUCGAUCUAGCAAACUCGGGGCUCUUUUUUCUUCCACCAUGCAGGAUGAGCAAGGUCGUCCGGAGUCUACUGGCUUGGAAGAUUUUGCUCGUCAGACGGACUUCCAGACAGAAAAGCCCGGCCAGGCGAGCAAGCCUGGAUCGAAUCCUUCACAGACUCCUGUCUCGGCUGUUGGUUCCCUGCCACCAGGCAUUAAUCUUGAUGGAGCAGCGUCAGUUCAAGGCUCUGGAGGAAACGUGCCUUCCGCCCAGCAGCGGUGCAUGGUGAUGCCUGAUCGUAUGCGCUGGAUCUACCGCGACCCACAGGGCAAUGUUCAAGGACCGUGGACUGGCCUUGAGAUGCAUGAUUGGUUCAAGGCUGGAUUUUUCAGUCCCGAUCUCCAAAUAAAGAAGCUCGAGGACAUUGAAUUCGAGCCUUUGGCUCAGCUUGUCCGACGUAUUGGCAACUCGCGAGAGCCUUUCCUUGUGCCUCAGAUUGGCAUUCCCCACGGCCCCGAACCUGCUCCGGGACAAUGGACUGGCCCCAACACUGCUGGCACUGCCCAGCCUCCAUUCCCAGGAAGUUUCCCGAGCUUCGGAACUACUUUGACUGCCGAACAGCAGAAUGCACUCGAGCGACGCAAGCAGGAGGAGCAGUACCUCAUGGCCCGUCAAAAGGAACACCUCGCCCAGCAGCAAGCCAUCAUGAAGCAAAUCGGACCGUCGAGUAUGCAACCCCAAUUGCAGCACCAGACCAGUGCCCACAGUCUUCACAGCCAGCCUAGCUUCGGAAGUAUUGCUUCUCCGUCGGGCUACCAGCCUUCGCCGAUCCAAGCUCCAAUGCAGGGUCAACAACAGCAGCAAGGUGGUGUUUCCGGCUUCUUUGACGCUGCUGCGCCAAUCCGCCAGGGUGGUCUUCCAAAUGUCGGACCUGGAAUGCUCGGAACCGACCUCGGUAGCCAAGAUCAACUCCCGGCUCUUCUGGAACGUUUGAAUGUUGGCCGCCAGGAUCCUUUCGCUUUUGGUGGAUCUAGCUCAUUCGCCGGUCGCCAGCCUGACAACUUCUUGCACACCCAGCAAGUCUCGUCCAUGCUCCAGGACCGUGCUGCCCUUCAGCAAGAGCAAGAGCAAUUUGACCAGGCCAAUGCGAAUGACCCCUUCGAUCAGCAAGCUCGCGAGGAGCGAUUGCGCCAGUUCCACGCUCUGAGAGCCCAGGAGGGUGACUUUGGUAUGCGCACCGCUGAUGGCCUGCCCACCCACCCUGCUGCCGCGUCUGCCCAGGAAGCCGAAGCUGCUGCUACCAGCGCCGAACUGGCCACCGAGGCUCUGUCUGAAGAGCCAGUUGACGAGCCUACUCUCACCCUCUCCCAGCAAGUUCAAAAGGCCGCCUCCGCUCAACGUCAACAGCAGGAGCAAAAUGAGCAGGCCCAGGCUGCACCUGAAAAUGCCUGGGGGGUCAAGGAUAGCGCUAUGCCGCAACCUUUCCCUCCGCCACCGUCCGCAUCGCCUUUGCCCGCGCCAGCCGCCCAGCGCAACCGCCAGAAUGUUGCUGAAUCUUUGGCUGCCGGCUCCCGCUCUCAGACUCAGACCCCAGUUGAUGCACCUGCUACCUCCGUUGCUCCCUGGGCUAAGGAUGCCCACGAGCUGCCUAAGGGCCCCUCUCUGAAGGAGAUCCAGGAGGCCGAAGCUCGCACUGCUGCUCAGCGCGAGGAGGUUGCUGCCGCCACUCGCCGUGCUCAGCUGCUCGCUGAGCAAGAGCGUCUUAGCCAGGCCCAAGCUCAGGUUGUCCCUGGCUUGCCCUCAUCGGCCAACUGGGCUAGUGCUGGAUCCCCGGCCACACCUACCUCCGGCUCGCCUUGGAACACCAAGGCUCAGCCCGCCCCCGCUCCUAGCACUGCCAAGAAGACCCUGGCUCAAAUCCAGAAAGAAGAGGAGGCUCGCAAGAAGCGACAAGCUGCCGCCGAAGCGGCUGCUGCUCAGAUGGCGACCCCCAGCCCUCCCGCCUCUGCUACUAAGCGCUAUGCCGACCUUGCUAGCAAGGCACCUGCCCCCGUCACUGCUGCCAGUGCGGUCCCUGCUACCACUGGCGCCUGGACUACUGUAGGUGCUGGUGGCAAGCCUAAGGCUCCCCCUGCCGCUCCUCUAGGCCCUCGUUCGACCAGCGGAACUGUUCCGGUUGCCCCGGCUGCCGUCUCCAAGCCUCGUCCUACCGUCACCACCCGUAACGUGACCGUGGGCAGCAUCCCUCAGUCCAACCCUAACCGCGCCGUUGAAGAGUUCACCAAGUGGGCCAAGCUGGCUUUGGGCAAGGGUCUGAACAGCAACAUCAAUGUCGAUGACUUUGUUCAGCAGCUGCUUUUCCUGCCUGCCGAGGCUGAGAUUAUCUCCGACUCUGUCUAUGCGAACUCCCAAACCCUGGAUGGCCGUCGCUUCGCGGAUGAAUUCAUUCGUCGUCGCAAGCUUGCCGACAAGGGUGUUGUCGACCCAGUUUCGCCCAGCGCCUUUGCCGAAUCGAAGAACGGCGGUGGCUGGAGUGAGGUGGCCAAGAAGGGCUCUGCCUCUUCCGCUACUUCGCAGACCCAGGCCCGCGAGGAGGAGAGCAAUGCAGCUUUCAAGGUCGUCGCUCCCCGCAAGAAGGGUAAGCGGUAA